CUACAAACAACAUCCUAUGUUUAUUUGCAUACUAUCUUCAUUAUGUGCAGAGGAAAACAUCCCGCUGUUUUUUGGGAUAGCUAGCACAGCCACAAAACUGCGGUCACAACCUCGGUUGCCGACCCUCAGUGACAAACGCUACUGUCAAGGUUAAAAGUCCUUGCUGACGGCUUGAAUUUGCACCAGAAACCCUAUUAGCUCGUCUUCCUCGUGUCUUCGGAUCCGUACUCUCCGUGAUAACUGCCCUCCCCUCUAACACUUCAGUACAUGAUGCCAACUGACGAACAGCUUCUGCAAGAGAUUGCGCGACUAAAGAAUGCCAUUUCGCGCAAAACAAUAUCGCAGAGUCCCUUGUUAAGCCAUCGCAGCGUUCUUUCGACCCACAGGGCUCAAACUUAUACACCAACUCAUGAGCCAUCCCGCGAGGUCACCAUAGAUGGCACAGUUUUUACAGCCUCCAAGCGAUCCCUUGUCCGCAAGCACAAUAGCGAUGAUGCAUCAUCAACUCCGCCACGCGACCAUAUUACAAUCUCGACGGGUACCACUACGCCACCAAAUGCAUCAACAUCUCAUGAUUCUUCCAGCAACAUUGUGUCAUCAAGUUUCUCGUCCACUUCAUUGGCUCGACAGGCCACCAUGGUACGAACGAAACGUGGCAACUUGGUUGCCGCCAGCAGACUAGGACGCUCUGGAACGAACCUUUCGCACUCUCGCCACUCGGUCAAAUCAUUGUAUGUAGGACCUGGAUUUCAUUUAAAACGUCGAGUCAUUGGCCAAAAUCGCCGAACGCGUUCUGAUAAGUCAGUUUUCCUUCUCCAAGUCUACCAUUCUGUCACUGCGCUAAUGAGGAACCCAGAUCUGUCCCUCGACCGCCUAAGCCAUCGUCUCUUGAUGAACCAUGUAGAAAAUUCACAACACGAGGGUUCUGUACGAAUGGCUUGCACUGCCCAUAUCAGCAUAAUCCUGAAAAGGUCGCUAUUUGUCCUCGCUUUAUGAACGAUGACUGCAACAACAAACCCUGCCUACUCUCUCACAUGCCAACUCCUGAACGUGUCCCUUCACAAGGAGGGUAUCUGCCGCGAUUUUGCAAUCCUAGGUUACUGCGACCGUGGCUUGCACUGUGACAGGCAGCAUGUUCGAGAAUGUCCAGAUUUUGCAA